AUGAAACCGAAAAAAGAGAGUGAACUCGACAGCCUUGAAAGGCAAGGUAUUAGUUCGAAGGUAAAUACCAGCAGAUGGGCAACGCCAAUCGUUCCAGUAUUGAAAAGCAACGGACAGGAUGUUCGAAUUUGUGGAGACUUUAAAGUGACAGUCAACCAAGCACUUAAAGUUGACAAAUACCCCCUACCAAGGAUCGAGGACAUCUUCGCGAAUCUGUCACACGGACAGAAAUACUCGAAACUGGAUCUUCGCCAGGCGUAUCUCCAACUUGAGGUCGACGACGCCAGCAAGGAAUUGUUGACCAUUAACACUCAUCAAGGGCUGUAUCGGUACAACAGAUGUGUGUACGGAAUAUCGUCACUUCCCGCAAUCUGGCAACGCACAAUUGACCAGAUACUUCAACGAAUACCUGGAGUGCAAUGCAUUCUUGAUGACAUGAUCGUGACAGGGGACAGUGAUCAGUCUUAUUUUGAUAACCUCGAGAAAGUGCUUUGUCGUUUGAACGAGUUUGGUUUAAAACUAAACAAAGACAAAUGUGUGUUCUUUGAAGAUAGAGUUACGUAUUGUGGACACGAGAUCGACAAAGAUGGAUUAUGGAAGUGUAAUGACAAGGUGCAUGCUGUGAUUGACACACCCACAUCUAAAGAUUUUACUUCUUUAAGGGCGUAUCUCGGUGUUCUCAAUUACUACCACAGGUUUCUGCCGAAUCUCGCGACUGUCAUUAAACCACUGAACGCGAUGCUUGAAAAAAUCGUAAGUUUAUUUGGUCAAAAGAAUGUGAGAUCGCGUUCCAAAAUUCAAAAAAGCUGA